AUGGCUAAUAAUCUGAUCGAUUGUACUACAUUUUUUGUUGAUAGCAAUAUUUUUAUAAAUAUAGGAUUAGAUCCUGAUUUUUUGUUAAAUUGCGUUAUAUGCGUCUCAAAUAAUUUGCAGUGUGUUAAAAUGAGUGUUGAAUUAUAUAAAUCUCUAAAUAUAGCUCUUAACAACAUAAAUUUUUUACUACCAUCUCAUUUACUGUUGGAGGAGUUUAAAUUGAUAUCAAUAGAAGAAUACAACGGUGACAACGUUCUCUCAAUAAAGUGUUUGCAACAGGAUCAAGAUGUGCAAUUAACUAAAGAGAAUGUUUUAAGGAUCUUGCAAUUAAGUGAUGCCAUUGAAGAAGUUAUUCAGAUGAAAAAUGUAUACACACGGUCUACUGCAUUAAAUCAGGCCAGUAAAAUUGCAAUGUAUCUUGGAAAGGAAAUGCCGUUACCCAAAGAUACAAAAAUAAACGAUGUUGAAGAUUAUUUGACCCGUAUCGAUGUCCAAGAAUUGAAAGAACAACUUCCGUUCGCUGGUCUUUGUUUAAUAGCAGAUUUGAAGAUUAAAGCAGUCAAACAAUUGGCAAGGGGUUGGUUAUCUUCUUCGAUCGAAACUAAGCCUGAAGUCAACAGGCUGACGACGAGGGCAUUCCUAGCACGUAAAAGGGCAAAAUCAAUCCGCAGAUUAAGUUUUCAUCUAUAA